AUGGUCGGCGCCUUCGAUCAAGUCAUGGAGCCGCUGUCAGCCGUGGAGCUCAAACUGCAAGCCUGCCCAGAAUGUAACUGCGAGAGCAUCACGCUGCUUGCACAGCGGCCACCACCUUUCGAGCCGUAUGCAUUUGCAAUGCGUAUCCCAAAGCCCAAUCAGCCGCUGCGCGAGAGAGCACUCGAAUUGCUUACAGCACGAGCCGUGACCAUUGCCGCGGCCAUCAUCGGCACCGCGCACGUCAGCCUCGUCUGUGAGUUUGAUGAGACGUUCCAGGCAUUUGGCGCCUUCUUUCACAGCAACCCAAAACUUGCGGCGCACCUGAAGCAAUACGGCCAGGAGUUCAAGGUGAGUCGCGCGCAACUGGACGACGUGCCAUCCGUAAUGCGCUCGCUGCCAUUCAUACCAGCAUCCGCGGCCCACAGCAAACACGACAACUCCACCGCAGCAGCAGCCGGCGCCAGCGGCAAUCUUGCCGACCGCGACGUCUAUAUCGGCGUGGACUAUGGCCGGUCUGACGUCAAGUGUGCGGCGGUCGACGUUGACGGCACGGAGCUGGCCACAUACGUCACGCGCUGGUGGCGCGCGCCGGGGCGUCUCGCGGAUGCGGAUGCGUGUGCUGCUGCGGUGCCGGUGCCGGUGGAGGAGGGAUCACGGGAGUAUGUGGAUCCGGCGAUGUUGACGACCAUCGAGGCGCCGCUGCGCUGCAUGGGCGGCGGCGGCGGCACUAUUCGAGUGUGCGGCCUCGGCCUCUCCGCGGCGGGAUGCGUGAUCGACGGCAAGCUCUGUGGGCUGCCGCCCGCGUUUGCCGGGUGCGAUCCGACCGCCGCCGCACCCACCCUUAGAGUGCUCGAGAAGGCGUUGUGGCGGUUUGUGGCGAGGCACGUCUCCGCGCGUGUUGAAGGGGCGCGCGUUGAUGGGGCGCCGACGGCGGCAGUGACGAUGGUCGCACCGGGUGAUGCAAAGACGUUUCUCGUGAAUGACGGCGACGCAUCCGCGCUCUGGGGCAGCAAGGGCCUUGCCAGCGCCGAGGGUGAGAAUGCCACGGCCAUUGGGCUCUAUUUGUCAUGUGGCACGGGCCUCGCUGGCGGGGUAGUCAACGCGAGGGGCGAGCGGUGCAGUGGGGGCGUCUUCGAGAUGGGUAAGCUGAUCGUCGGCCUGCCGAGACCCCCAUCUGUCCGAAGUGUCGAGGGUGCCAGUGCAGGCGUCGGCGCUGGUGCUGCUGCUGGGGCUACCGCCGCGACGACAGCCAUGGCCCUGCCCACACACGACACGCUCGGCGUGGCCGGGGCGGCGCAGGGCAUGGCGGGCACGCAGCGCUCCUUCUUCCAUCUGCUCGCGGCGCGCGGUGGCGCGCGGAUCGAGGGCAAGGCCGAGCAGCGCUCUGCGAUCGUGGCCAUGCAGUCGAGGCCGCUGGACGCCGCGGUGCGGACCAUGUUCGAGCAGCUGGGCACCUCGCUCGCGCAGUUCGUGACGGAGCUGGGCGCGUACCUGCCGUUCCAGCUGACGCACGUCGAGGUGGGGGGCAAGCUGACGGACGCGGCGAGCGGCGAGGUGAUGCUCACGCGGGCGGGGCGGUACCUCGCGCCGUAUGGCAUCAGCGUGCGCCGGGCCAACGAGUCGGAGUUUGGGCAGGCGCUUGCGAUGGCGGAGUGCGCGCGAGAUGCGCCCGUGGGUGGUGUGGAAUAA